AGCUUGACUAUGCUACGGACUUAGCUCUUGCUUUUUCUCUAUCCCAUCCCUUUUUCUUCUGUAAGUAGGCACUAUAGUGUAAUUUGAAAAAUUCCCUUCCGAGACCCCAGUCGUCGAGGCUGAUGAGAAGGCAGCAGGGAGACUGAUGAUUUUACAGCAGAACCAAAUGUGCUGACUGCCGGCUAUUUUCCUUUGCCUCGCAUCCAACUAAAAUCAUAAACCUGUUUGCCCGCUUACUUCAUCAAGAAGCUCAUAUCACCACCCCUGAGUGCUGCAGUGCAGACCUCAGAGGAAGGAAUGCUGCAACAACAGAAACGUUGUUUGUUUGUUUCAGAUGCAGUUGUUUGGACUCCAGCCUGUAAAGCUGCUCGGUAUAUUUAACUCCCUCGGUCUCCCUUGAAAAGCAGGUUUGGGAGCACCGCCGGAGCUCAUGCAAAGUCCAUCAGUUAUCCAAGCACAUUUUUAAAGCUGAAAAUAUUGAAUAAUAUUAUUUUAUAUCAUGGUAUCUGCAUACAGGGACAUAGCUUUUUUGUAAUUCAUAAGAACCGUAAUGGAACCUUGUUUGAGCAGCUGCUAGUGCUUGCUCAGGCGUUUUGGUCCCCUGAGGGCUAGAUCCUCUAAUCCUCGGUGGUGGGAACCCUGGGCAUCCCCUGCGUCUGAGCUCUGCUCCUCAGAAGCGAUGGGCUGGAGGUGGAUGUACCGAUGCAGCAGGUGAAACACAGGAAAUAAGAGCAAUACCCUUGCAAGAACAUUGUGCAAUUGGCUGCCCUUCUGCUGAAAGACUUAUUUAAUUCACUCGGAGGAAAAGAUCUUUGUGAGAUGAAACAGUUCACAGAAGUGAUGCUGUUUUGUCCCUGGAAUUAUGCAAAGUGAACAAAAAUACAGGGCAGCAAGGUCACUCCCUGUGAUUUGCCAUUUUCUUUGCCUGGGGACUAGAAAAGGCAAUUCUAUUUCACACAGAGACAAAUGAUUUGAAAUGUGCUUCACAGCUCAAAAUCAGGCAAAUAAAACGUACCAGAGACGCCGGGAAAGUCUCUCUUGGAAAUCAAGCGCAGCGUAUGCUGCAACUGAAAGUUUAGCGUUGCUGUUAAUGAGGUGUGACUGUUUGCUUUUGCUUUAAAGUCACACCAUGCUUUAGACAUUUGAAAAAUCCAUUUUCGCUCUAAGAGCAAAUGAAAAAUAAGGUAUUUUCUCCACACCCUUUCCCAUUUGUGUUAUUUUAAGCAACAGGCUUGUCCUUCUCAAUAUGUCAACUGUGGCAGACAAUGGGUUUCAAGGGCGGUGGCUGGAGGAGGCGAUGAAGCCAGGUUGUGGAAGCGGCUCUGUGAGGGGGUGGUGGGCUGGUGGAGCCCCACCAGCGGUGCGGAGCAUCGCACUGUGGGUGUCUCUAGCCCUGCCUUGCUGCCCUGUGCAACCCCCACCGCCACAGAGUGGCUGCAGGCACCGGGGACUGUGCACCACCUUGGGAAGGAAAAGGCAAGUGGCCCAACCAACAAGGGAGAAGAGCGAUAGGAUUAAGGACAGCCAGUGGAUCCCAGGGAGGGCUGGGGGAGCACAGCCAGGGGUCACUACCCGCGCGGGAGGCAGGGAUCAGGUCUUGCUCUUGGCUGAAAUACUGAAUACAGGAGAAAGCAACAGAGUGACUACCAACAAAGUGCUUUGCCACUGAAGAGCUAACAUUUUCAUCGUCAUAUUGUGGUGAAAGACUCUGGUGACCUUUGCAGUAUUAAAUACUAUAUUCAAGUAUUAGGUAUUAUUACCACGUAUUGAAAUUCUUUCCUAGUUUUUAGGAAAGGAUGAAACAAUCGGGUGUCUGAGUGAUAAGCAUGGCACAGAAAUCUAGAUAGAUCACUGCUGUCACACUCAAAUAAUUUUAUUCCUUUGAAAUUGGGUUUCCUGGAAUACGGUCUCAAGAGAUACUCAUCUCCUCUUUGAGACAAAUCUGACAGGAGAGGAGAUGUGGCAGAGUGGAUUAAGCAAGAGAUAGCACUCUAUUCCCAGUUUUCCUCUCUCACUCGGCAUCCCUGGGAAGGACAGCAUCCCUGUCCUACUGAUUUCUCAUUUGUAAAAUGGAGAUGAUAACUGCCCAUCUCUCAGGGCUAUUAUGAAGAUUAAUGUGUUUACAAAGGCAUUUAAAAUGCUAAGCACUUUUGGUUCCAGUCCUGUGAGACUGGAAAUGCCAGCUCUGAGGUGCUGAAAACCUUAGGCUUUUGCUAACUCUAGUGGAAACUGUGGCUGCCUAGCACUUUAGAAGAACAGAGAGAAACAUGUCAUUGCAAAAGUCGUGGAAUCUCAUCCCGCUUUGCUGCACAAAAUGAGAGCUGCACCAAGCCGGCAUUGUAUCUGAAAGGGCAGAUAACAUGAAAAAAAAAAUAUCAUCAUUUAAUUUCAUUCUAAGAGAAUUAUUGAAGGCUUUGCAUUUGGAAACAUGUUGGUGCAAUUUAUCUAAGGACCUUUGGCUACAGCAGGAUUUUUGGCAUCAGUACGGCAUACAGUACCAGCCCAGAAUCUGCUGUACUUCUGUUCAGCUUUAAACUCCAUGACAGUCAACACAGACCCUUACUUAGCCUUAAAAAAACCCCCAACUUAUUUUGCUAUUACCAAUAUAGCCAACUUUAGCCACUUUUCUUGCAAAAUGCAUGAUAAAUGAAACAAAAAGCUGAAUCAAGGUUCAAAACCCCUAGUCUUGGCAUCUGUGAAGAAUAACCAGCACUGACUCUUUACCAUGUGCCCCUUCAGCCAGGCCAGAGGAUCCAGCAGAGGCAUAGUUAAUGACACCUGUGUCCAGCACAGUCCCCUUGUUACUGCUACCGCUUCCAGUCCGUGCAGAAGUGAAAGUCAGCAGCUUCUGCAGGCUUCAGACUUCCUUUCACCAGUUCUGUUUUUCCAGAGAAACAAAUUUGAGAAAGACGCAGAAACAGGGAGACGAGUGAGCUGGAGGAAUUAGUGAACCAGGGGCAAUGGCCUUCCUGAAGGGACUACUAACUCCCUGGGGAAGGAGAGGGAUGGAAGAGGUUGCAGCUGUAUGCGCCGAGGCUGAGGAGCAAAGCAGGACGCUGUGGUUUACCCGGAAGCAGACGGCUUUUGUGGGGGAGUGAGACCUGCCAACCCGCAGGAAAAAAAGUAUUUGUGCAAGACAGCUGCGUGCAGACACACCAUGCAUGCGGACAUGCCCCAGUAAAAACCAGCUGAGGAACAUGGUCAGGACUGGCUCUGAAAAUGAUGGUUCAGGAGAUGGAUCACCGAUAUUACCCACUGUUACAGCAACAACUUCUCCUGCUGCACAUUCUCCAACCACGGAUGACCACACACCGGUACUUGUCACUGCAAGCGCUACUGAAAGUGGCUUUGAAACAAAAAUUACUCCAAAUACUGAAUCCAAUGCUGCGAACGAUCAGGACAGCCUAGAAGCAGCAGAACAGUCUAUCUUGAUAUACAUUGUCCCCGCCGUGCUACUGGUCCUGCUGAUUUUGCUGAUCAUAUUUUUUGUGAUACAUCAUAAAAGGAAAAAGUCUAAGCAAGAUGAGCUGGGAAGUGAAAAUGUGAAAAGUCCUAUUUUUGAAGAAGACACACCCUCUGUUAUGGAGAUAGAAAUGGAAGAACUUGAUAAAUGGAUGAACAGCAUGAACAAAAAUGCUGACUGUGAAUGUUUGCCUACUGUAAGGGAAGAAGAAAAAGAAUCAAUUGCCAACCCAAGUGAUGGUGAAUCAUGAAGGCAGAACAGCAAAGAACUGGUUAAAGGGAAGCAGCACACAAGCUAACAAUCCCCCCAAUAUUGGAUGAACUGGAUUAAAUAUAGGUGAUCUCAAAAGGCCAGAGAAGCAAGUGCUUUUGUUGUGUCCUGCUACAUACAGACUUCAGAAAGAAAACAUCACCAAGGGGAAAGAAAAGGAAAAAAAAAAUAAUGAAAAGCACCAUAGUAAGAUUAAGGGCCGAUUUAAAUUCCUUCUGCAAUGAGAUUCACCACAAAUCAAGAGAAGCCUCUCCCCCCCACCAAGAAGUUCUCAAAACAGCCCGUGUUUCUGUCUACAUCUUCAGUUGUGUACUGUGCAGCACUUAAAACCGCUUCUGUUCCACGUUUGGUGGGCUCCUCCAUGGAUUUUUGUAGGUGGUCUUUUUUUUUUUUAAGUAUAAACAUCAUCCAUAAUACUGAACUGCCCUGGUUUGGUGGAUGUGAAGCUCGUGCCUGUGCAAUAUUUGUUUUUCAAUUUGCUAUUGGGUAACAGUCCACUGAGUUGCACCAAGCUUCUGCUGAGGAGGUAUCAGCCUAGGACUGACCAGCUCUGAGGACAGAGGGAGCAGCUGAAAAGCCUCUUACAGGAUUCACCAGUGACUGCAGCCCAGUGAGGGCAUGGUCUUUGUGGUGUUUCAAAUUUUGGUUUUCAAAUUAAAGGCAUUGUAGAGGUAAGAAAUACUAUUUUGAGAUUGCCUUUCAGUUCCUUAUCCCCACAGAUUAGUACCCUGGGCUAGCUCUCACCAUUUAACCCGCCUCCCUUCCCAGUGCUCUUCUGCAACAGCCACCAACUUCAGGAAUAUUCAACUUGAAAACAUUUCUUUUUCUAGAAAUGAGAGGUUGAAAAAUUGAACAAUUCAGUACUCACACCAAACACAAGUUUACAUAAGUGUUACAUGUAACUACCUGGUCAAAGUUUUCAGACACAGUAAGAUUUCUGCUUCUGUUUUUGAAUAUUGAGCUUGCAAUAUCUGAAAGACGUGGACUUAUAAAGUGUGCCUUUUUAAUUACCAAAUACUCAAAAAAAAAAAGACUCCUGGGAUACCUCAAGGUGGAAAUAUAAACAUUGCAAUCACAUCCAUUGAUUUUAGGCAGCAUGUCUCUAAAGGAUAUAGUUUAAGUAUGUAACACAUGUAAAAGUGGAUCCUUGUCUGUGCAAAGCUUCCCCCCGCCUUAUUUAAAAUACUAAAUCCACAUCCUAAGAUAUCACAUAGCCCUCCCCAUCAUAUCCUACCUAUCCUUAUUUUCUACUUCAAUACACACUUUCUCCCCACUCAAUACAUGUUUAUUAUGAUCAGUUUUGUUUUGCCUGAAAAUAUUUCACUAAUAUGUUAUCAUACAUAGCCUAGUUAAAGAGGGCAACCCCCCCCACCUGCCCAAGCUUCUGGGAUGGCAGCUAAGCAUCACUAAGAGCUGACAAAUACAGAUGAGGGUUCAGCUUUGAGUAAAUGAGGGUGUGUCAAAAUAUAAAAGGAAAAAAAUGUUUACAACUAACCAUAUUCAUUCAUUACUGUAUAUGACAUGACUAGUGAUUUCCUCAAAGAGUAAAAAGAUUUCUUCAUUGUUCCAAAAGAGUUUAUUGCAAAUAUUGUGUUUGAUGUAUGAGUGAUAAAUCAAUUUUCCCUGCUUAGAUGAUUUUGAAGUUUCAAAACAGUGUUAAGUUCACCUUUCACAUCUAUCUUUGAUUUCUGUAAGUUCCUGACAGUAAGCUCAUUUUCUAGAAUACUGACUUAAAAUAAUGCAAUCACAAGGGAAAAGGAGUAAAAGAUUGAAAUCUAGAAAAUUUAAAAAAACGGAAGUGGAUAUUUUCCAGUAGCAGUUUUAUUAGCAACUUCUUUCCAACGAAGAUGCUAUGCUCAGGCUUCCUACAGUUUGCAAAGCAGUAACCUGAAGAUGACUGAAGCAGAAUGUUUUCUUUAAUGGUGCAAGAUUAGAAAAAAAAAAAGCAUUUUGAGGCCAUUAUCAUCUGUGUGGUUGGAGGGCAGUCAGUGAUGACGCAGCAAUUUGCAAUGCUGGUGUCCAGCAGCAACCCUCACCCUACCUUGCUCCAGCCCAUGCAGCUCUGCAAUCCAGCAGCCACCACCUUCUCCCUGAAGAGAGCUGAAGCACAGCUGGGACACAAAGAAUGAGGGUCCUUGCCUUUUUUUUAUGAAGGUCCUUGCCUUUUUUUUUUAACUUUUGAAAAUCAACCAACCCUCAAAAGUGACACUAUCAUAGCUCAGUUCUGCCAUGCUGGUGAUCCUUCACCCUGUCCCAGCCAUGCAUCCAAGAUCAUGCAGUGCGCUAACUCGGUCUGCUACAGCAUUUGAAAAGAGUCUGUGUCACAUGUGUCGUUGGUCUGGGGUUAAUGUCAAUGCUGGAUGGUCCUUCUGCCAUAUGAAAUACUGUGCAGUUUCAAGUAAGUUUCUCACCAAUUUAGUUUCACUUAAAUCUUCUUGUUUGGUUGGGUUUGGGUUGUUAUUUUUUUAUUGUUUAACUUGAGUGAAUGCAUAUUUUUAUAAACUCAUGCUAAUAAGCAUUAAUUCUUAUGCCAGAGUUCAUGAUUAAUCAAGCUCUACAUCCAGCUUUAAAAUCAGUUUUGCCCAGAACUAAUGUCUAGGUUAGAGCUCUGUAAUUACCCAGGUUACGCUGUUCACCCUCUCUAAAAUCUGUCAUGCCAGGAAAUCUCUCUUCCUCUUUGGGAACUUCCUAAGCAUUCAAAAAUACAAAAUAAUGCUUUGGGCACUUCCUUGGCCAAUUUUGGAUAUAAACUACCUGUAUCUGCUGCUUUUUAAAAGUACAAAUCUCAUAGUUGCCAAGUUACUACUGAAAAAAGAUAGCACUUCAUCAAAUCCUGCCUGGCAUCAAAUCCUCUCAUACCCAUGUGAAACACACCAAGUGUCAAGUAAUUUGCAUUUUAAUAUGGUUACUGAUCUUUGUAAUGGAUUCCAUUAGUACUGGACAAAUACAAUUUUUAGUAUUUCUAUUUUCCCUGAACUUUUUUACAUUAUUGUUAUUCUUCCCCUCCAAGCAGACAUGCUCAUCUUAAACUCUGUAGGGGACCACUCGCUCCAGCUCUGCACUGCCCUGUUUCACCCCUCUGGUCUCUUUGAUCCUCAUUUUUAUGUUGACUUUUACAUUUGCCACAGCCAUCGCCCAGCACCCACUCACUCAGGCUCCAGCUGAGUCUUUCUGUAGACCAUGGGUUCACAGGCACAGCAUCAGCACAGUCACUGCCUUGGCUCCUCUCCUCCCUCACCCCCUUCUGUAUUUCCCUCUCCUGCUUGUUUGCCUCUUGCACUCUUGUUUUACACUUGUCAGUUCCUGGUCAUAUUCUUUCACGCAUAGUUUUAUCUCAAUAUUUUCAUCUUAUAGGUGGAUUGAAUUACAGGGAAUUUGGACCAUCUCACUCCCACAUUAGCCAACAGGUUGUAAUAUUCCAGUUUACAAGCAUUACCUUUAUACCUUCUAUCGAUGCACCUUAAUUUUCCCUAAAUGAUGCACAGUCAGGUCCUCUAACCCACAAAACAAGGACAACAAGACAGCAGAUAAAAAUUUGCUAGCAUCUUAUCAUUUUAAUAUUGCCAAUAGGAAUCGAGAAAAAGCAUGCAAAGUCACUUGUGCUAUGUAUUGUUCUAAAAUGUUUAGCAAGUGUGAGCAUCCCUAAGGAACUGUUUCUUCUUCCAUUUUCUUCAAUUAUUUCAGUAGUUAUCCAACACUUCAAGACAAUUCAAUAUCUAAUUUAUAGUGUGAGUGCUUUUUGUCCUAUAGAACGCAGAAAAGCUACAGAUCCAAAGGAGGAAUUGUUUUAGAAAUACAAGGAUAAAAAGAAGGGUAAUUAAGAACUCUCUCCUAUGUAUGCUAUAAAUCAGUAUUUUAACAGAUUUUUUUUUCUAAUUAGAAAUCACUCCUCCAUAAAGUUACAAACAGAAGGUUACUGGCAUUGUCAGCAGUUAAUUAAUACCAAUAAUCCUGCACUUGUAAAGCAUAUAACCCUAACAUGAACUUCAGAAAAAAAAAGUUGUUUUUCAUUUCUAGGUAGUCUUAAGUCAUGAAUCCAUAGAUAACUCUUGAUCCAAAAUUCUAAAAAGUAAAUGGUUUUACAGUGCUAAACAUGGAGGGCUAUAAAACCAUCUUUUGUUUACUUUCUGUAUGUGAAAUUGCUAUGUGCAACUUUUAUCAAACAGCUGUUUUAAAUACUUACAUUACAAAAGAAUUUGAAAGACAUAGUAUUGCUUAAUUGUUUAUACAAGUUUGAGAUUUUAAAGAAUUUUCUAAUAAAUUUUUAUAGCAGUU